AUGUGUAUUAAAUACGGUCCGGCAGUACAGUUAUCUGAAGCAGCAGCUCUUCGAUUUGUAGCGGAAAUGACAUCGGUUCCGGUCCCAAAAGUCUACUCUGCCUUUCAGAAAGACCGAUCAUCGUACAUCAUCAUGGACUUCAUCGAUGGAGAAGUAAUUGGGGAAGGUUGGGACAAGAGGAGCGAGGCAGAAAAGGCGAGUUUGUUCGCACAGUUGAAAGACAUGUUUGAAGAGCUCCACAACAUACCACAUCCUCGUCCUGGUGUGUUAGCAUCGUCUGAUAUGCAAUCUCUAUACGAUAAACGACUGUGGAAAGGCUCGCAUGGCUUUGGUCCUUUUGCAAAUGAGAGUGACUUUCACAUGUUUCUUCGUUGUGGAGUUCACAUCGAAGACGACAUGAUUAAGAAGGAGACGUGUACAUGGGUCACGGAUGAACAAAAAGAGGAAAUGAGACAAAUGGUUAUCUGUUUCACACACGGCGAUGCAAGCAGCUCAAAUGUCAUGGUGAAGGAUGGCAAGGUGGUUGCUCUGAUAGACUUUGAACUCUCUGGCUUCUAUCCAGAGUACUGGGAAUACACGACAGCCAUGAAUGUCAAUAGGUUCGAUGGGUUCUGGAAAGAAGAAGUUCCGAAGUUCCUCAAACAGUAUCCGGAGGAGCUUCAGAUGGAAGAAUUGCGAAGGAAGCACUUUGGUCCAGGUGGAUUUCAGGGCCGGUACCCUUGGGAUAUUUUGGGUUGUGUUUAG